CUAUCUAUCGUCCCUCUUCAAAGUCGCUUAUAACUAUUAACACCGCUGCCAACAACUGUAGUAGCUUGUUUUUGAUCGGUGUAUAUUGUUUUUAAUUUAAUUGACUAGACUUCUUUAAUUAGGUAAUCUGCCAUCCCUUCCCGUUUACGUACCAUAGCACUGUUUACUUGUUUUUCUGCUAGGACCUGGCAACUCCGAAUGGCGACGCUCGGACAUGCUACAGUAUGUUUACCUUCGCAAAGAUGACGAUCGUCUUGCUUAUUGGCUUUCUGUGGUGUGUGUCAUUCUGUUCCUCGGAUCAGAGAAAUUAUAGACCCAUUAUCGGUGUCCUGGCUCAGGAGGUCUAUUCACCCAAACCGAACCAAACCGCCUACAUUGCAGCGUCCUAUGUGAAGUUCCUGGAGUCUGCAGGAGCGAGGGUCGUCCCCGUCAUGAUAAACCAGACGCUGGAGGAGUAUAAAGCACUGUUCCACUCCAUUAAUGGUGUGUCCUUCGACAGGAUUCUUUACCCAGGAGGGGGUGUCAGCAUUAUCUCAUCAGGAUACGAGAGGGCUGCAAAAAUCUUUUAUGAGCUCGCUAUUGAGGCAAACAAGAGAGGCGACUAUUUCCCGGUGUGGGGAACCUGCCUCGGAUUUGAGCAGCUGACUUAUUUAACUAGUGAAAAGACUGCGCUGACAUUUACCAACACCAGUGGUGUAUCCCUGCCUCUGAAUUUCUCUAAUGAAGCCAAAAAAAGCAGGAUGUUUAAAGAGUUUCCAGCUGAACUUAUGAAAGAUUUAGCUUCUGAUCCACUGACGGAAAACUCUCACAAGUGGAGUCUGUCACUGUUGACUUACAACACAAAUGAGGAACUGAAGACAUUUUACAAAGUUCUCUCUACGAAUACAGAUGGUCAAACAGAGUUUGUGUCAACUGUGGAAGCUUAUGAUUACCCAAUUUAUGGAACACAGUGGCAUCCAGAGAAGAAUGCAUUUGAGUGGACAAAGCCUUACAUUCCUCACUCCCCGUCAGCUAUCAGGACCACCUUCUACGUGGCUCAGUUCUUUGUCAGUGAAGCCAGGAAGAACUUCCACAGAUUUGAAUCAGAGGAGGGGGAGAGAAAAGCACUGAUAUACAAUCACAGUCCUGUUUACACUGGAAACAACAGUGGCUUCGAGCAGAUAUACUUUUUCUGAUGCCUGUUUGCAAAGGGCUUUUCAUAAUCCGCAGCUGAUUGGUUGUCUUAAUCAUGUGACUGCUGAAUGUUUACACACAAUUAGAGCCGUUUGAUUUUGCAUUUGCUGCUCUUCCCUUUAGCUGAAUCUGCAGCUGAGCAAUCUUCAAUGGGGAAAUUGGGUAGAAUUAUGUUUGCAGGGUAAACCACAGUGCAGUGCAGCAUUUAAAUAUGUUUUGUUGAUGGUGUAGCUGCAGAUUUAAAUGAGUACAAAUACAGCACUGUGACAUUUUAAGAAUUUUGCUCCAGUGAGUGCUGUUUAAAAUAGGCUGCUAAUUGAUGGCUCUGAACCAGCAAGUUUGAAUAUAUUGUGUUGCAGGUAAACAACAGAUCAGAAACAUGGAAGGAUGAUAAAAUAUCUAUUUUUUUAUUCUAACAUUUACCUUCAUGCCACAAUCUGUCGUUAAUCUCUGUUUAUACUUUGGAUAACAAAGUUGAGCAUCUUGGAAAAAGUCCGUAUCCAGUGGCAGGAAAGUUCACUGUUGCCAUUGGCAUUUAUAAAGUCCACAUCCAACUCAUUUCAAGGACAGCAACAGGAGAACAGAAAUUAAUAGUCAAAUGUAACGUCCAAAAUCCUUAAUGCACAAAUAACACUCAGUUAACAUUGGUUUUUUUUCCUUUUUAGAAUAAAAUUAUAUUUGAAUAACAUUUACACAUCAAGCUGACGAGACUGAGAUGGUAAUCACAAUACUACUGGAAAUGUAAUUUAUGCAAUCCAGUAAGGAACAUUCAAGAUGUCAAAAUUACCAUGUGGCGCUGAGCUAUCGGGGCUAGUGCUGCAAAUAACCUCGUAACAUGCACUGAAAUGUAGCACAAAUGGCAUUCAAGAAAAAAAAAAAAGAGUUGUGCCUCAAGUAAAUAAUUUUGUAUUCAUUGACUUGCACUUUAACUAAUACCAUGAUUCCCUAUAUACAAAUGUUAUUUCUAAGGUGCCUAUAUAUGCACUUGGUCAGCAUUGGACAGCUGCACAUUGUCUUCACUGUUGAGCUGGAUGGAGGGUGGAACAAAUCUUAAUUGGAUAAAAGUGUAGGGUUUGACUUCACACAGGAACCUUAACAAUGUGAGACUAUUUCUGAUUUGGCUCCUGGGAUGAUAGUGUUAUAAUUACUGUAGUUGCUACUCCACUGUAGGUGGGAUGCUGCAUUUAUGAUGAUGUGCCGUGUUGCAUACCUCCAUAUCUCCUCUGAUGGUCACCUAGAAUAUCGAGGUGUUACUGCUGUUUGAGGGUGUCUUUGAGCCAAAAUUUCACCUGUACUACUGUAGUUUGAGAAGCAAUGGUGCAUGCAGAUUCUGUACAUUUUAGAUCUAUAACAAUGUCAUUGGGUACAUUUCCAUGAAGUGUUAUUUAAAAAACUAAUACUCUUAAAUCACUUUUUUUAAAUCUAGCUGUCAUUGUGUUAUCUAAUUUGAAGCUACAGCUGUAAAAUUUUAGAAAUGAGUUUGUGAUUUCUUUGGAGUUAAAUAAAAAAAGAACAACAACUCA